AUGGGGGACGCGGUGGACUUUCUUGACAAGUUCAAUGUGCGCCGGGCCUCGGAUGUGACAAUUCGCUUCACUGUCACGGCCGCCAGCGCGCCGGGCGCUGAGCCCCCAGCAAAGCGGCAGCGCUGCGAUGCAGCGGGAACGGAGCAGCAGCAGCCGCAGGACCAGGACCAGGACCGGGAGCAGGAGCAGGAGCAGGAGCAGGAGCAGGAGCAAGGGGGGCAGCCGGACGGGCGGCAGCCGAGCCAGGAACGGCUGCGGCGCGUCGUUCGAGAGAUCUAUGGGCACUCCGUGAUCCUGACGAAGGCCAGCGAAUGGGCUGAGCGCAUGCUCAGCCCCGAAUGGAGCGCGGAAACGCCAGGCGUGCUAGAUGUCGAGUUGGAUGAUGAGGGCGAGGUGACAGCGGCAGAGCUGCUUUUCAAGAGCAUGUACAGCACUGCUGACGCUGGCAGGCCGCUGAAGGGGGCCGACCAGGCCACGCUGCUGCAGGUGCUGCUGCUGGCCGAUCGGUUGAGGGCAGAGCGCGCCUUGAGUGCCGCCGUGAAUGUCCUGAUCGCUACGGCCGGCGCUGGCACAGCCGACGUGCUUGAUUGGGACACGGUCCAUGCGCUCUACACCCUACCGCUGGCCGUAGCGAAGAGCAAGGCGCUCAAGCCGCUGCGGAGGGCGGCUGCGGUGGCGCUGCAGCAUCGCCUGGGCGAUUUAGAUGCAGCAUGGCUCGACGCGGCCCGCCGGGCGCAGCUGCUGGCGCUGCCGUUUGAAGCUGUGCGGCAGCUUGUCAGGGACGAGCGCACGCGCGUGAGCAGCGAGAACACAGUGGUGUACACAAUCGCGGCCUGGAUCGACGCGGCUGGCGGCGACGGGUGUGGCGCGAUGCAGCGCGCGGCGCUGGCGAAGCACGUACGGGCGCCGCAUUUGUCGUCGCUGUAUUGCGCGACUGCCGGCUCGCGGCUGUUGACCAGCUGGCUUCCGGACAUCAGCGGCGCGGACGUCCACUUCGCCGCCCUUUUCCAGGAGGUGGAUGAUGGCAGCAUGUUGCAGACCAGGCUCCUCAGGGCAAAGGGACUCCCCCUGGCGCGCCGCUCCGCCUGGCGGCUGCUGCCGCGCCCUCCCUCCAGCGUGACAGAGGCGAACGUCGAGUGGAGGCUGCCCCUGUCGGAAAUGCGGCAGCUGUACGAGAGGGCGGCGGCGGCGGCGGCAGGCAGCAAUCCAAUCGAGGCACGCUCAGAAGCCGUGGUGUUUCAAGGCUGCGUUUGGGACGCCAGGGUCAGGCCCAGGAAGGGCAAGGCGGGCGUGGUUCUAGAUGCGCACUUGCACCUGCGUCUGCCGCCUGGCUGCGGCGCGGCAUCGGUGCUGACGGCGCUGGUCGGGGUCGAGCCGCGGCCGCAGCUCGCGGAUGAUGCGGUCACCCCGCCCCUGCGAUUCACGACGUGGGUGUUUGAGGCGGGAUCGCGCCAGGGCCGUGCGGACGCGUUUGGCCUGGGGGAGUUGAAAGAGUGGGACGAGGUGGUGUGGCGCAACAAGGGGCUGCUGGGGCUGGACGGCCGCGUGGGGCUGCGGUACACUAUCAAGAGCGUAGUGUGA